AUGUAUAGUAAUACUCAAGAUUGUGAGAGUACCGCCCCGACCAUGGCUGCCACCGGAGCUUCGACCGUAGAAUGGCCAACAAGAACACUUCUAGAUUCUACAGUUCAUACUGCAAAUGCAAAUGGAGGUGACUGGCAGGACGAGGUUUAUGAAAGGAUCAAGUCUAUGAAGGAGAUGUAUUUAUCAGACCUCAAUGAUUUAUACGAGAAAAUUGCUUAUAAAGUGCAGCAGAGUCUUCCAAAUGAGAGAAUUGAAAGACUCAAGAUGACGUUGGAACGCAUUAUGAUUUUCUUGCGGCUUAACAAACAUGAUAUUAAUCUUGUUCACAAGGAAAGACUACUUUCAGUUGAGAAGCACAUAAGUUUCUUUCAAAGUUGCAAAAAUCUGCACAAGCCUACUUCUUCUCCAUUGCAGGGGCAACUUCCUCAGCCUUCCAUCCAUACAAGUCAGGCACAAGAUACAUAUGCACGUUAGCCGCCUAUGUUGGAUUCCCGUGGGCAAGAUAUUGCCUCUGAGUUUGAUAGGCUUCUGCAUUUGAUUUAUUAGAUAGUAGUU